AUGUAUAAUGGUGUUGGAGUUCGAACCCCAAGAGGAACAGGAACAAGUGGCCAUGUUCAGGAUAGUUUAGCGGUAAUCAACUAUGAUAAGAAAAUUAAACCAAAGCCACUCAACAAUUCUUUCCAAAAAUCAGAUGCAUUAAAAGACCACGAAAGUAGAGUUAAAAUAGAGACAGAAUGUUAUUUGCUCAGGAAGAAAUUGCGCGAACAAAAUAUUCCAGAAGAUCAAAUCAAAACGCGGGUUGAUAAAUUUAGAGAGGAACAACUCGAGAAACUUUACCCCAAGAAAAAAUUAGAUAUUAACACCUCUGAUUCAAAAGCGUGA